AUGGUUGUAGGAAGGAACAACACUAUUGUGACAAAAUUCAUCCUCUUGGGAUUUUCAGACCAUCCUCAAAUGAAGCUUUUCCUUUUUCUGUUAUUUUUGGGGAUUUAUCUCCUGACCCUAGCCUGGAACCUGAGUCUCAUUGCCCUCAUCAGGAUGGACUCCCAUCUGCACACACCCAUGUACUUCUUCCUCAGUAACCUAUCCUUCCUAGAUAUCUGCUAUGUGUCCUCCACAACUCCCAAGAUGCUCUCUGACAUUAUCACAGGGAAGAAAACCAUUUCCUUUGUUGGCUGUGCCACACAGUACUUUGUGUUUUGUGGGAUGGGGCUGACUGAAUGCUUUCUUUUGGCAGCCAUGGCAUAUGACCGCUAUGCUGCAAUCUGUAACCCAUUGCUCUACACAGCCCUAAUUUCCCAUACACUUUGUUUAAAGAUGGUGGCUGGGGCCUAUGUGGGUGGAUUCCUCAGUUCUUUGAUUGAAACAUACUCCGUUUACCAGCAUGAUUUCUGUGGGCCCAACACGAUUGACCACUUCUUCUGUGACCUUCCUCCAGUUCUGGUUCUGUCAUGCUCUGAUACCUUUACCAGUCAGGUGGUGAAUUUUGUUGUGGGUGUUGUUGUUGGAAUGGUGUCUGUCCUUGUGAUCCUCAUCUCUUAUGGUUACAUUGUUGCUGCUGUCCUGAAGAUGAACUCAGCUAAAGGUAGGACCAAAGCCUUCAGCACCUGUGCCUCUCACCUGACUGCUGUGACCCUUUUCUAUGGUUCUGGCCUCUUCAUGUACAUGCGACCCAGUUCUAGCUACUCCCUAAACCGGGAUAAGUUGGUGUCCAUAUUCUAUGCUCUGGUAAUCCCUAUGGUGAAUCCUAUCAUCUACAGUCUUAGGAAUAAGGAGAUUAAAAAUGCCAUAAGAAAGUUGUGCAGAAGGAACAUGUGCUUUCUCAUGUGCCUUUGUUUUUCUGACUCCCACACUUUCGAACCCCAGUCAUUGCAGCAGGCAUGUCCCGGAGCUGUGGGCAUCCUCACUCGCCACGUCCCCAGGCUCUCAGGUGGCCCAGGAAGGAGGGCACCACCCGGCCAGUCACAUGCAAGUGCUGAGGUGGUCUGCUGCGUGCCAGGCGGUAUCCCGGGCCUCGACUUCCUGGCCUGCGGCGUCACUCCUGAACCGCGGAGCCCAGGAGCUGCAGCACAUCGUACAUACGAAGUCUCCCCUUCGCGGCUGUCGCAACUCACCUUGGCAUAUGCAGUGCUCCUUGCACAUGAUGAACCCCACGAAGUCGGACAGUGCGUGAAGCGCAUGCGCAUCGAGUUGGACAUGCGCAGUGGCUUCCCCGACGUGGGGCUGGUCAAGGCACGCGAGGGUGUUCCAGCUUGGUAG